CGCGCAACCAAGCGCAAUGUUGAGUUCCGCACUUUUGGGCGCAGUCAAAUAUGCCUUGGUGCAAAUGCGGAGCUACAGACAAGCUCGUCCGAGAGUUAUUACGUACUAGAUCCGCUGCAAGGUCGGAGUUUGUGUAUACAUGUGUGACAUGACGUCUGUAUAUUGAGUCGGUGUAGCUCUAAUAUACGCAGAGAACGCAGUAGAGAUGGAGGCAGCUGUUGCACUGGAGGCCAGCAGACAUACGCUUUUAUUACUGUGAACAAGAUGAUGAAAAACUGGGGUGUGAUUGGUGGAGUAGCUGCUGCCAUGGCUGCUGGAGUCUAUGUAUUAUGGGGCCCAAUUUCAGACAGGAAGAAAAAGAGAAAAAGAAUGGUUCCUGGUCUGCUUAAUCUGGGGAACACGUGCUUUAUGAACUCACUUCUCCAGGGCCUGGCAGCGUGUCCUUCCUUCAUCAGAUGGCUUGAAGACUUUACAAGCGAAAGCAGCGUCCAUCCAGAGAGAACGGAUAAAGAGACUCAUCUGUCCAGCUCUCUGAUUCAGUUACUUAAAGCCCUGUCAAGUCAUGAUCCCGGAGAAGAUGAUGUUUUAGAUGCGGGAGGCCUCUUAGAAGCUCUCAGGCUUUACAGAUGGCACAUUAGCUCCUUCGAGGAACAGGAUGCUCAUGAGCUCUUUCAUGUCCUCACAUCUUCAUUAGAGGAGGAACAGGAACACCAGCCCAGAGUCGCUCAUCUGUUCGACAUGCAAACACUGGAGAAAUCUGUGGAGUCAAAAGAAAUAAACGUUAGCUGCAGAAGUGGAGGCCCAUUACAUCCUAUUCAAAGUUUAUGGAGGACUCGGCACCCUUUUCAUGGGCGGUUAACUAGUUAUAUGGCUUGUAAACGCUGUGAGCGACAGAAUCCUGUGCACUAUGAUUCUUUCGACAGCUUGUCUCUUCCUAUCCCGUCAGUACAGUGGAGCAGACCAGUUACUUUGGACCAGUGUCUCCAGCAUUUCAUCUCCUCUGAAACCAUCAAGGAAGUGGAGUGUGAAAACUGUACCAAGCAGCAGGCUGGAGAGCUUGUGAAUGGAGAAGUCCUUGAGAGUCAAAGGACAACAUUUGUCAAGCAGCUGAACUUUGGAAAGUUGCCUCAGUGCCUCUGCAUCCAUCUGCAGAGAUUGACAUGGUCUAAAGAGGGCACUUCCAUUAAAAGACAAGAGCAUGUUCAGUUUACUGAAUAUUUGUCUCUGGAUCGAUACAAACAUUGUACAGCUGGUCACAACCUCCAGACCAACAGCAGAACAAACGGGCCCAAAGCUCUCGGAGACCCAAAAGACAGAACCAUUGCUAACGGUGUUGAUUCAGAACACUGUAACAAUAAUAAGCCACUGUCCAAUGGAACCUUUCCCUCCAUCUUUCUGCACUCACCAGGACUGAGCUCACAGCUCAACCUCACUUAUGACUACAGCAGCUCAGAGUAUCUCUUCUGCUUGACGGCCGUCCUGGUUCAUCAUGGAGACAUGCACUCCGGACACUUUGUCACUUACCGCCGCUGCCCUGCAGCUCCCUGUGGAGCGUCUGCUUUUAGCUCCCAGUGGCUCUGGGUGUCUGAUGAUUUUGUAAGGAAAGCCAGUCUCCAGGAGGCGCUCUCCUCCAGCGCAUAUCUGCUCUUUUACGAACGAGUGCGAAGGCUUGGGCUGAGGGUGGAAGAGUAGUGUCUCAGCUGACCCGUGUAAUUUAUUCUUAAUUCAAAGCUAGAGCGAUAAUCCUCAUUUCUCUCCAUUCCAGGCCAUGCUACUAUGGCCGAGUGCAACUGUGCAUCCCUGUGCAUGCAGUGUGGUGCACAUGUUGUUUCUGAUCACUCUUUGUGACACAGAGAGAACUCUGUAUAUCAUAAUUUCAACCUUAAUCUUGCUCGGCAUCUAUGGCAGUUGUUGUAUUAGAAAACCACUUGUUAUCUGAGCAUAAGAAUGAUGCCAGUCACGAGUAGCACCUUGCUGUCACUGACAUAGAGAUUCACACAGAUUUUAACCGUUUUUUCUUUUGUUUUUUUUUGUGGAAAAACUCUACCUUUCACGAUAUUUUGUUGCAGUUUGACCUAGAAUCGUUGCUUAGCUAAUUAAGAUAAUGAUCUAUUAGAAGUACAUUUGACAUGGUUUAUCAUGCUUUUUUUUCAUUAAUAAUGUGUCUUUAUCAAUGAAUUAUUUAUUGUUAAUAAUAAUAUAUUUAUACAAUUUGCAUAUAAAGUUAUUUUGUAAGAUGUAAAAAUUGCUGUUUUUUUUUUUCAUAAAGGGAGAAUGUAAAAUCAUGGGAUGUAUCCUCAAGUGUUGCAUGUCUACAUGUGGAUCAUGCGCCUGUUUCAUAAAACAAGCUUACCAAAUAAGUUAGGUUUAUUUCAGCUAGUCUUGACUUAUUGUCAGUUGAUUUGGUUCAAAACUGAGAUAAGCCUGGCUUGUUCGGUAGACUUGUUUUAUGAAACAGCCCCCAGGUUUCCUAUGAAUCCUGUGUUUUUGUAGUAUAAUGGUCAUAUCCCAUGUCAUUUUAUAUUUAGUUAAUACUUUGAUGGGAAUCCUAGCAACAAUAGGGGAUGCAAUCCAUUUUCUAAAUCCUGCGUAUUUACCAAAUAGAUUUUCUGCUGACAUAAAUAUUUCAGUAUACAUCCAUUUCCAGUGUUAUUCUGUAAAUUCCUUGUUAUAUGUUGAUUGUACAUGAUGUUAUUUACACAAGUGUAUAUUUUUAUGAUAUUAGUGUGUAUGAUUGUGUGGAGGAAUAUUUUUUUCACAAUUAAAUUAAAAGAAUUCUGCAAUA